AUCUGAUCAUGUCUCACUCAGGUGCUCAGGGCAGCAUUGGCAGCCAUUCUGCCAUCGGGCUGCGCAAUCACAAGAUAUACCUCUAUGAGUGCGAGAACUUCCAGGGCCGUAGGAUGGAGCUCUCCGCCGAAUCCCGUAACCUGAUGGAGAAGGGUUUUGAGAGGAUUGGCUCCAUCAGAGUGGAGUGUGGACCAUGGGUGGGAUAUGAGCAGCAGAACCUGACGGGUGAGAUGUUCAUGCUGGAGAAGGGAGAGUACCCCCGCUGGGACACCUGGUCCAACAGCUACAGGUGUGACCGCAUCAUGUCUGUCAGGCCCGUCCGAAUGGACCCUCAGGACCACAAGAUUUGUUUGUUUGAGUGCCCAAACUUUGAGGGUCGCAAGAUGGAAGUGUGCGACGAGGACAUUCCCAGCCUGUGGUCUUACGGCUUCCAGGAUCGUGUUGCCAGCAUUCAGGUCACCGGCGGAACCUGGGUGGGCUACCAGUACCCUGGCUACCGUGGUUACCAGUAUGUGUUUGAAAUGGGUCCUUACAAGCACUGGAAUGAGUGGGGAGCCCAGCACCCCCAGAUCCAGUCCAUCCGCAGAGUGAGAGACAUGCAGACACACCGCAGAGGCUGCUUCGAGAUGACUGCAUAGAGGAGCCCGGCAGAGCGCCAACAGGAGGGAACAGCAAGGGUUCAGGCUUGUCAU